CAGCCUUGUUUGCUCUGCAGACUGAAGUCAUGAAGAUAGCUGCUGCUCUUCUUCUUUGUGCUAUGUGCUUCCUGGGCUCGGAAGCUCAGUGCCCAGACCCGAGCACCCUGAAAGAUGCUGAAGGCACCAAGCUGUGCGCUCGCCUGUUCGAGGACAGUAACUACUACUAUGACCAGAGCUGUGGAGGAGAGUUCCUCAACAUCUAUCCCAAUGAUGAUGUCCCCAUCAUCCCAUGGCGCUGGAAUAACCGGGUGUCCUCUCUGGUGGUGAGCAAGUUGUGCAACCUGACAGUGUGGUCUCGUAUCAAGAAGAACGGAACGAAGAAGAAGUUUUCUUCUGGCAUUCAGUACCGCUUGAAAGAAGUGUCGCAGGGCCUGAUUGGAGACUGGGAUGACAGCAUCUCUGCAUACUACUGCGUGUGCUAGAGGAAGUGGGACUGAAAUCAACAGCUGUUAAUCUACAUGUUGUCACAGAAACCAAACUCAAACAAAAACAUAAUCUGUAAAACUGAAAUGCCCUGUAUUGAUUCAUUCAAUUCAGUGGUCAACUAAAUAAAUCAACUCAUCUACAGUCUUACUGUACUAAACAGAGUUUGUUCAUUAAUUGAAUAAAACAGCAUUCAUCAACUGUA